AUCGACUAACGCUGGGGAUUCGAACCCGGGUUCCGAACGUUCGUAACCUACGGCGCUAACCACUACGCUACCGUCGUCCAACAUUCUGUAAAUCAUACUAGGCAAUAAUAUUAAAUGCAAGAGAUCAUCACCUCCUGCCGUUAAGAUGACGCCAUUUCUGAUGGCAAUUUUCUGUCUGGCUACCGCAGGCUGCUCGAACGUCACGGAUCAGCAAACAUCUGAGACACAUCACGAUCAGCAGGUAGCGAUCUUGAAACAGAUCAGAAAAGUGAAUGAAGACGGUUCUUACACGUAUGGUUACGAAGCAGGUGACGGAUCCUUCAAGGUCGAGAGUCGUGACGUUCUAGGCAACAUCAAGGGUACGUUCGGUUUCGUCGACGCGGACGGCGAAAUAAAAAGGGUGUCGUACUCUUCCUCUAACGGAACAGGAUUUAAAGCAACCACCGUGUCGCCAUUGCAGGAACACGUGUCCGUCGUACAGAGCAUUCCGCGUAUAAAUCGCACCACCACAACCAAGAAGCCAAGCGUCGUUUACCCUUCGUCUACCGAGGCGUCCACGAAAUCAUCGGUGGUUCAGUCGAUACCGCGAAAUAGGAAAACGACGACGACUUCAACAACUACAACUACAACCACUACGGAACAACCGAAGACUAUAUUUGGCCAUUAUUUAAAAGGAACCGGAAAAAGUAGACCGCGUUUCGUGAUCAAUGGUCAACAAAGGCCAUUGGUAAUAGAAGAAGAAAUCGCAGAGGACGAAGAUUCGCAGAUAAAUCGACCAAGUACCGAGGACAAGACUUCCACAUAUAGAAAAAUCAUUUUUGCUAAACGACCGGUCGAGCAAAAUCUUCGACCAAUCUCUGACGACUUCGUGGAAAAGGAAGACGAUGGUAAAGUAACUAGUGGAAAUAAUUUAAGAAGACAGUUGCAAGAAGAGACUACGAAAUCUAACCCGAUCGUAGAAGGCAGUAGCGACGACCAUUCCGACGUUUAUGGCGGAUCUUUGUCCACGACUCGACCUUUGUUCACCACAACCACGCCACCAAGGGUUCUGCAACGCGUUUCACCUAAUCGAAUCGAAAGACCAAAAGUUUACGUUAAUCGAGAGAACCUUGCGCCAUCGAGGUUCGAAAACGUAAACGUAAAAUACGAUAAUACCAGAGUUUACGAAGCUGAGACGAAGGCGCCUCAAGAGGAACGUACUCAGCCUCAACCGGUUUUGAUUCGAGGCCCAACGCGAGUGCCCGAAAACCGCGAAUAUCUGCGACAAAGUACCGAACCUAUAUUUGUUAGGCAACAGCCUGAACAGUUUCUACGUGAACUACCAGGAGGAAGAAUCCUAGUUCCUUCUCAACAGAACAUCGAAGAAGACCCCGCUUACAGACCACUUUCUAUCAACAGGAUUUUAUUACGCCCUCUGCCGAGCCAACAGCCGCUUUACUCGACAACCACGGAUGCAAAUAUUCACUACCUGACGGAGAAUCCUCUUCCAGAGCAAGAGGAAGAGCCGAGAAUCGCUAUGGCGCCAGGGUACAUGCGUCCAAGACCUUUUCCACGGCCUGUAAUCUUUCAAGAACCUGAACCAAGACCCAGGCCCGUUUUGAGACCCGUUGCGCCAGCGAUCACUCACGCAAUGGAUGAAAGAGAGUACCAAACGACUCCUGAAUAUUCUUACAGAGGCAGUACCAUCGCUUUACCUCCAGAACCUCCAAAUCCAAUUAAUACACCUCUAAGCAGACGCGACUUCCAAUUACUGUUAAGAAGAUUGCUCGUCAGUCAGUACGGCGUCCAAGCUCUUUCUUAUCCGAAAAGCUACCUAGAAGACGCCUUGUACGAUCAACAGCCGUAUCCUUCUUAUCAGCCGGGCUAUCAAUCUACUGCACCACGACCGGAUAUCGGUUACGAUCAGCAAAUCCCUCUUCAAUAUGGAGAUCGUGUGCCUGUAAGACGGCCUGUGUAUACCAGAGCUUUGAAUCCUGUUUAUCAACCUCAACAGUACGAGGAUUACAGCGAUGGAAGAUACACAAAGAGGGUUUAUAGGCAAAAGUUCUACACGCAAGAAGUAGCUGAUGACGGAGAGGAAAUAUUGCCUGCUCCUAUCAGAGAAGCUUUGUUGUUAAGGAUGUUGCAGCUGGCAAUUAACGCCGAAAGACCUCCCAUGGUUUCCUCUCCGGUUAUGACGACCACGACGCCAGCUUCGAGGUACAGGAAGACUGGACCAGUUAGGAGUGUACAGAUCAUCACUGACGAAGAUGAGGAAGAGAAAGAGGCGAUGAAGAAGAAAAUGUAACGACCCGUUCCGAUUCAAUAGGAGAAGCGUGACAAGUUGCAAGGUUACCACUUCCUCGCCAAUUAAUCUCCCUUUCUCGAAUGAACAGUCAAUAAUUUUGAAGCAAGAGUGAUUACAGUCUUAAUUACAAUAGCUGCGGCAGAACUGGGUGGGAGAUCAUCGUUUUCUUUAAUGAAGAGCUCUGUACAAAAGAGCGUGAGAAUAAAGGAAAAACAACGUCGAUAGGCACAAUACUGGCGACACAGUUUUCACGGAACAAACUGGAAUCGUCAGCGAAACGAAUCGACUUCUCGGAAAGGGAAAUGUCCCACGUGUGUUCGUCCAAUGAUUUUCCGCACGACAACUUUCAACUAUCUCGCAACGCUCAUUUCCUUUCGAGUCGGAUCGUCGCUACUUUUAAGUCGCCUCGACACUAAUGCAAUUAGACGAACGUAUAUAUGGUCAACCCGAUACACUCGACGAUUACGUUGAUCUUGCAUAUACUUGCAUUAUACUCACUACAUUUCACCCUGUGUGUCACGUUGAAUUAUAGCAUAGACCUUCCAAAGACGAACAGGUAGCAUUACCAGCAGAGCACUGAGCAGGAAGUAUUCUAAUUUAGCUCAAUGGUGAUUGCGUACGUUCGAUAUCACUGUAAGUGUGAAUUUAUUAGAUGUAAAUUACAAGACUUUUGGAAUUUAUUAGUAACGCUGACAAAUUUUCUUCAUUGAUUUGACUUAUCUCCUGGAAGUUCGUUGCUUUGCUUUUUUUCAAAUUAUCAUUUUUGAUUAUUGUCUACAAUGCUCUUCUUUAAUUCCAUUAAAAAAUUGUAUUGUAGUUUCGAAGUCUAUCUACGUAUAAGCGAGGGGUACGCGAAUAAACAGAUGUAAAUAACAAUAUUAGUUGCACGUUUGCUUGAAAGUGUACUAAUUGAAGAAAAUGACGUGAAACUCAUGGUGCAUGGUUUUUACUUAAAAGUUUAAAUUAACAACGAUUCAGUGACCAAUAACGCUUCAAAAUAUAUAAGUUCAAUAAAUUGUAAUACUUGUACAUAUUACUAUAUGAACUAGAAUAAUACUUAUAAAACAUAAAAUGAUCUAUUAAGAUACAAUAAUAUUAAAUUAUUAUAUUUCAGUUAAUAUUAAUAAAUCAAAAUAAUAAACAUUCUCCUCGAUAUUAGAAUUCAGUUUAACAAUA